AUGUUUUUAGCCUCUUUUUUUUUUAGCUUCCCAAAUAUUUCUAGGUUACCCACUUCCCUUUCCCCCAAAUAUUUCCAGUCUGCUCUCCAAAAUUUUCAUUCCCAUUUCACCCAUUUUUGGAUUCCCGCUUUGUCUGCUUCUCCUAGAUCUUCUUGCAGCUUUAGCUUCUCUUCCGAUCAUCGUGUUACCUCUCUUGACUCAACGAAUGAAGUAAACUGGCGACAACUUCCAUUUCUGAGCAUCGCGUCGAUUGCUUUCGGUUUGUCGAUUGCUUCCAAUCUCUCCUUCAAUCGACGACGACAACUUUUGGUUCGUCGACAGCUUCUGCAAAGUUGUAACAGGAAGGGAAGAAGGGUAUUUGAUUCGGCUGAGCAUGUGAUGGUACAGAAUAGAUGCAAACAGGAAGGUGGUCAAUGGUGGUGUUUGGUGGUUGGAGCAAAAAUGAAUGGAGCAGAUAGUGCUCUAUUGAUCUCUCAAGCACCACAACAGAUUUAUGCAGUUUCUUUGAUUGGACAAGGUGACACAGUCCAUGAAGCAGUUAUCUGGAGGCCAAAAAACUGUAGUAGCUGA